AUGAAUUACUCAGGAUUAUCACGUCGCUCUCUUGGCUCAAUAGGGAAACCACAUCCCAAAAUGCAAUUUUCAUCAAAAGAAGAUGCGCAAUUAGUCAAUUAUGUAACUUACUAUGGACAAGAAAAUUGGGAUCUUAUUGCACAACUUAUGGGAAACAGAAAUGUUCGCCAAUGCAGAGAGAGAUAUACCAAAUAUCUUUCCCCUGAUAUAAACAGAGAUCCAUGGACAAAAGAAGAAGAUCAAAUGAUUUUAGAUAAAUAUAAACAAAUGGGUCCGAAAUGGACAAAAUUUUCAAAAAUUUUCAAUAAAAGAACAGAUGCAGCUAUAAAAAAUAGAUGGAAUAUGUUAAUAAGACAAAUCCAAACCAGUGGUGACAUUUGUUCAUCAGAACCUGAAGAGGAAAAGCCAACGCAAAAGAUUGAAGCAGUUAAAACUAGUUUCUAUGAUGGAAAAGAUUUCUUAUUCCAAGGAUUUGAAUACUUUUCAAAAUGUCUUGAUAUAUUUGAAGACAAUCCAUUUGCAGUUUGGUAA